GCCAUCUCAGGCGGUGGCGGAGGACUCCCACUGGUGGGAGGCAGGUUGCCAUGCAGAGAGAGCGUGACUCCUGACUGCUCUGUGAGCUUGGGCAAGCCUUCCUGCCACUGCCUUUUCUCAUCCACAACACGGGCAUCUUAACUCCCAGUUGGCAGUGGGGUUUUGUGAGGAUCAAUGGGACCGUGCAUGGAAAGGGUUUAGAACAGCGCCUGGCUUGUAGUAAGUGCUCAGCGAACGGCAGCUGUUACUUCUAUUAUUCACUUCAUCUUCAGUGGGUGUGUGAGUCAACUGGAAAAUUCUGGGUUUCAUCCUGUCCAGACAGAUGACCUGUCUGUGUUGCCAUGGAAGAGGUGUAAGGUGUGAAGGAAGGAGCCUGGGUGUGACUGUCUGGCCACAUGGGGCCUGGCCAGUCCAUGGAGGCAGGUGGAACAGGGCCAUCACCCUUUGCUCUUCUGUGUCCUCUGAGCAGCUUCCUUCCCCGCUUACCUCUUGGGAGCACAGCCAAACCCAGACUCCUCAGGGGUCCCUUCUUUGUGUGUUUCAGGGUCCCAGGACCCUGGGUGUCAACUCUGAGCUCUCAGUGGACAUUCAAGCUAGUAUGGGUCUCUAAGAUCCUGUGUGUUCCCAGGGGGUUUCUCUUCACCUGGAUCUUAGUCUCAUUUGCCUGUCACCUGGCCUCCACCCAAGGAGCUCCUGAAGAUGUGGACGUCCUGCAGCGGCUGGGCCUCAGCUGGACCAAGGCAGUGGGCGGCCGGAGUCCCCCACCCCCCGGGGUCAUCCCAUUCCAGUCAGGCUUCAUCGUUACGCAGCGGGCCCGGCUCCAGGCCCCCACGACCGCCAUCAUCCCUGCCGCCCUGGGCACAGAGCUGGCGCUGGUGCUGAGCCUCUGCUCCCACCGGGUGAACCAUGCCUUCCUCUUCGCCGUCCGCAGCCGGAGGCACAAGCUGCAGCUGGGCCUGCAGUUCCUCCCGGGCAAGACGGUCGUCCACCUGGGACCCCGGCGCUCUGUGGCCUUCGACCUGGACGUGCACGAUGGGCGCUGGCACCACCUAGCCCUGGAGCUCCGUGGGCGCACAGUCACCCUGGUGACGGCCUGCGGGCAGCGCCGGGUGCCUGUCCCGCUGGCUUUCCACAGGGACCCGGCGCUUGACCCCGAGGGCUCCUUCCUCUUUGGAAGGAUGAGCCCGCACGCGGUCCAGUUUGAAGGUGCUCUGUGCCAGUUCAGCAUCUACCCUGUGACGCAGGUCGCUCACAAUUACUGUACCCACCUGAGAAAGCAGUGUGGACAGGCCGACACGUACCGGCCCCAGCUGGGACCCCUCCUCCCCCAAGACUCUGGCGCAUCCUUUGCCUUCCAGACCGACCUUGCCCUGCUAGGCUUGGAGAACCUGACCACUGCCAUGCCAGCCCUGGGGUCACGGCCAGCAGGCAGGGGACCCAGAGUGACUGUGGUGCCCCCCACACCUACCAAGCCCCUAAGGACCAGCACCACAGAGCCUCACAAGCGUGUCUUAGUGGGGGGCCCAGCCCGGACCCCGCUGCCACCUGCCAAGCUGUCAGUGAGCAAAGUGCCCCGAGCCUCUCCUGCCAGCUCCACCACACCUGUCCAGCCAUUGCAAAAGAGCAUAGCCACCAAAGUCCCCCAAAGCCACCUAACCAAGCCUUCAGCCCCUUCUCCUUCAAUUGCCCCUGUCAAAAGCCCCCGCCCCACCCAGAAGGUAGCUCCACCUUCUUUCACAAAGUCAGCCCCUCCCACCAAGAAGCCAGUGUCACCCGCUUUCCACCCAGCUCCUGCCAAAGUGUCCCGUCCUGCAGUGAAGCCGAUCCAGAGGAACCCUGUAACGCCCAGACCCCUACCACCCAGCACCCGGCCCCUUCCCCCUGCCGCUGGUGCCUCUAAAAAGCCAUUUCCCUCAGUUGUCCAGACAGAGGCCAAGAUGAGCAGUCGAGCCAGUGAGUCAGCUCCUGCCCGCACAAGCACACGCAGACCUCCCCAGCCUACUGUUUUGCCCCCAUUACCCGCCCCCAGUCCUGGCUCUACCAGGACCACUCGGCCACGAGCCACAGUGAUGCCUCCCACCCUCACUCCUGGUUCAGCCUCCACUGGAAGCAAGAAAUCCACUGGAUCAGAAGUCACAAAGAAAGCCAGACCCAAGAACAGCCCCUGGAAGCCUGUCCCCCUCAGACCUGGGAAGGCAGCCAGCGAUGUCCCCAUCAAUGAUCCGACAACGGGGCCCAGCCCCAGACAGCCUCGGCCCAGCCGGCAGACCACCCCAGCUCCAGUGUUGGCCCCAGCACGAUUCCUGUCCUCCAGCCCCUGGCCCACGAGCAGUGGCUAUUCGUUCUUUCACCUGGUGGGACCCACGCCUUUCCCGCUGCUGAUGGGACCUCCGGGGCCCAAAGGAGACUGUGGUUUGCCGGGUCCCCCUGGACUACCUGGGCUCCCUGGACCCCCCGGUGCACGGGGGCCUCGGGGUCCUCCUGGGCCUCAUGGAAACCCAGGCCUCCCAGGCCCUCCUGGAGCCAAAGGACAGAAAGGGGACCCGGGGCUCUCACCAGGAAAGGCCCACGAUGGGACAAAGGGCGAUAUGGGCUUGCCUGGGCUCCCUGGGGAUCCAGGACCUCUUGGACGAAAGGGAUACAAGGGCUAUCCUGGACCGGCAGGGCACCCCGGAGAACAGGGGCGGCCAGGACCUGAGGGCAGCCCAGGGGCCAAAGGUUACCCUGGCAGGCAGGGGUUACCUGGACCUAUAGGAGACCCUGGCCCCAAAGGCAGCCGGGGCUACAUUGGACUCCCAGGGCUCUUCGGCCUGCCAGGGUCCGAUGGAGAGCGAGGCCUGCCUGGUGUUCCUGGCAAGAGGGGCAAGAUGGGUAGGCCGGGGUUUCCUGGAGACUUUGGGGAAAGAGGGCCACCCGGACUGGAUGGAAACCCUGGAGAACUGGGCCUGCCAGGGCCCCCAGGAGUCCCCGGCCUCCUUGGUGACAUGGGAACAUUGGGUCCAAUUGGCUACCCAGGACCUAAGGGCAUGAAGGGACUGAUGGGAAACGUGGGGGAGCCCGGACUGAAAGGUGAUAAGGGUGAACAAGGGAUUCCAGGUGUGUCAGGAGAUGCCGGAUUCCAAGGAGACAAGGGGAGCCAGGGAUUGCCAGGGUUCCCAGGUGCACGGGGGAAGCCAGGGCCUCUGGGCAAAGUUGGAGACAAAGGAUCCCUUGGGUUUCCUGGGCCCCCUGGGCCCGAGGGAUUCCCCGGAGACAUCGGCCCCCCUGGGGACAAUGGCCCAGAAGGUGUGAAGGGAAAGCCUGGAGCUCGAGGCCUGCCAGGACCCCCUGGGCAGCUGGGGCCCGAGGGAGAUGAGGGACCCAUGGGGCCACCUGGGGCGCCUGGCUUGGAGGUGAGUGCCAGUCAGGAGGGUUUCUCCAGGAGGCCUAGACUUCCAUCAUUCAUCCCAAGUGAUUCCCCCUCUGUUUCUUUGCAGGGAGAGCCAGGUAACCCUGGACGGCCAGGGCCCGUGGGUGAGCAGGGACUUCUGGGAUUCGUUGGUCUGGUCGGGGAGCCAGGAAUCGUGGGAGAAAAGGGUGACCGGGGCAUGAUGGGACCCCCAGGAGCACCUGGGCCCAAGGGGUCAAUGGGUCAUCCUGGAACACCAGGUGGUGUUGGGACCCCUGGAGAGCCUGGACCCCCGGGUCCUCCAGGAUCUCGAGGCCCACCAGGCAUGAGGGGAGCUAAGGGACGCCGGGGCCCCCGAGGACCAGACGGAUCAGCUGGGGAGCAGGGGCCCCGAGGUCUGAAGGGCCCCCCAGGACCGCAGGGCAGACUGGGCCAGCCUGGGCAGCAGGGUGCGGCUGGUGAGCGAGGGCACUUGGGCGCACGAGGCUUUCCCGGCAUCACGGGUCCCUCAGGCCCGCCAGGCACCAAGGGCCUCCCAGGAGAACCGGGCCCUCAGGGAGCCCAGGGACCAAUUGGCCCUCCGGGAGAGAUGGGACCCAAGGGGCCACCGGGUGCAGUGGGCGAACCGGGCCUUCCUGGGGAAGCCGGGAUGAAGGGUGACCUUGGGCCUCUGGGCACCCCUGGGGAGCAGGGCCUGAUUGGGCAGCGGGGAGAGCCAGGCCUCGAGGGUGACAGUGGUCCUGCGGGGCCCGACGGGCUGAAGGGGGACAGGGGUGACCCAGGGCCUGAUGGUGAGCGUGGUGAGAAGGGCCAGGAGGGACUGAUGGGCGAGGACGGUCCCCCGGGGCUCCCUGGCAUCACUGGCGUCCGGGGUCCUGAAGGACAACCAGGGAAGCAAGGCGAGAAGGGCCGGACCGGGGCCAAGGGUGCCAAGGGCUACCAAGGACAGCUGGGUGAGAUGGGAGCCCCUGGAGACCCUGGACCCCCUGGCACCCCAGGCCCUAAAGGGUCCCGGGGCAGCCUGGGACCAACGGGUGCUCCAGGACGGAUGGGGGCCCAAGGAGAACCAGGACUGGCUGGUUACGAUGGACACAAAGGCAUCAUGGGACCCCUCGGGCCUCCAGGACCAAAGGGCGAAAAGGGGGAGCAGGGCGAGGAUGGCAAGGCUGAGGGGCCCCCUGGGUCACCUGGAGAUCCGGGCCCUGUGGGUGACCGAGGAGACCGAGGCGAACCAGGGGACCCUGGAUACCCUGGACAGGAGGGUGUACAAGGCCUCAGUGGAAAUCCCGGCCAGCAGGGCCUACCCGGGCAUCCGGGACCCCGGGGGCGGCCGGGACCCAAAGGAUCGAAAGGGGAAGAGGGACCAAAGGGAAAGCAAGGCAAGGCAGGGGCACCAGGACGGAGGGGGAUCCAGGGCCUGCAGGGGCUGCCGGGGCCCCGGGGUGUGGUGGGGAGACAGGGCCCCGAAGGUGUCGCUGGACCAGAUGGGCUUCCUGGCAGGGAUGGGCAACCAGGACAGCAGGGGGAACAAGGAGACGAUGGGGCCCCUGGCCCCAUGGGCCCUGCUGGGAAGAGAGGAAAUCCAGGCAUGGCUGGCUUGCCUGGAGCACAGGGACCCCCAGGAUUCAAGGGUGAAAGAGGAUUACCUGGGCAGCUGGGUCCCUCCGGUAAGCGAGGGACAGAGGGCGGAACAGGGCUUCCCGGGAGCCAGGGGGAGCCUGGAUCCAAAGGCCAGCCGGGUGACUCUGGCGAGAUGGGCUUCCCAGGAAUGGCUGGCCUCUUCGGACCCAAGGGCCCCCCUGGAGAUAUUGGCUUCAAAGGUAUCCAGGGCCCUCGGGGGCCUCCUGGCUUGAUGGGAAAGGAAGGCAUCAUCGGGCCCCUCGGGAUCUUGGGACCUUCAGGACGCCCGGGUCCGAAAGGCGACAAAGGCAGUCAAGGGAACUUGGGAUUGCAAGGUCCGAGGGGUCCUCCCGGCCCCAGAGGGCGACCUGGCCCACCGGGCCCUCCAGGGAGACCUAUCCACUUGCAGCAAGAUGACCUUGGGGCAGCUUUCCAGACGUGGAUGGACACUAAUGGAGCACUGAGAGCAGAGGUUUACAGCCAUCCGGACCGGCUGGUGCUGGACCAGGGAGGGGAGAUCUUUAAAACCUUACACUACCUCAGCAACCUCAUUCAGAGCAUUAAGACGCCCCUGGGCACCAAAGAGAACCCCGCCCGGGUCUGCCGGGACCUCAUGGACUGUGAGCAGAAGAUGGCAGAUGGCACCUACUGGGUGGAUCCAAACCUUGGCUGCUCGUCCGACACCAUCGAAGUCUCCUGCAACUUCACGCAUGGUGGACAGACCUGUCUCAAGCCCAUCACGGCCUCCAAGGUCGAGUUUGCCGUCAGCCGGGUCCAGAUGAAUUUUCUGCACCUGCUAAGCUCUGAGGUGACACAGCAUAUCACCAUCCACUGCCUUAACAUGACCGUAUGGCAGGAGGGCCCCGGGCAGGCCCCAGCCAAGCAGGCCGUUCGUUUCCGGGCCUGGAACGGGCAGGUCUUUGAAGCUGGGGGUCAGUUCAGGCCUGAAGUGUCAAUGGAUGGCUGCAAGGUCCGGGAUGGCCGCUGGCAUCAGACGCUCUUCACCUUCCGGACCCAGGACCCCCAGCAGCUGCCCAUUGUCAGCGUGGACAACCUCCCUCCUGCCUCAUCAGGGAAGCAGUACCGCCUGGAAGUUGGACCUGCGUGCUUCCUCUGACCUCUGACCUCUGACCUCCUGGCUCCUCUAGGCCUCGAGGAGGAGGCGGAGGCGGAGGCAGCGGUGGCACAGGGAGGGUACUUAGGGACGGUUGUCCCAGGAGAGGCAGCUCACCUGGCCUGGGGUCCUAGGCAGGCCCCAGAUGUCUGCGCAGUAGAAGUGGCUGGGGGGUAGCAGGGAACAGGGUGACCCCAGCACAGCUCCAAAGACCAACCGAAGAGCCGGCCGGAGCCAGCUGGGCCCGCAACCCGCCUGCGCCCCGCCUGCGCCCCGUGGCCUGACUCCCAGCUCCGCGGCCACCCCUUCCUCCCCGCUUCCUGCCCAAGCGAGAGCCCCCGGUGCCAGCCAGCUUGAGGGAAGGGGCAGCUGGUCCCUGCCAGGGAGCGUCGAUGUGCAAUAUUAGAGAGGAGACAUGAAAAAAGGAGAAAAGGAAAGAAAGUACUAUAUAUAUUUUAUUUAAACAAAACACAAAGAAGAUGCGUUCCUAUUCUUUUCACCUGGGAAAGAGGUGAGAGGGUGAGAGAGCAGCCGGGGUGGGAAGCAGAGGAGGCGGGAGAGGAGCCCCUUGGGGCUGGGGGUGCCCACGUUUGCUACCUCCCACUGUGAAAUCGCUGGUGCUCCAAUCGUCUUAGUGUAUGUGAUUUUUUUUUUUUUUUUUUUUAAGGAAAACAAAAACCCUAUUUAAGAUUCUGAAGGUGCUACCAUUUUUGCCACAGACUUUGAAGAAGCGUUUUGAUGUGGGCGAUCCUCCACAUUUUUCUCUCUGCUCCAAACGACAACGUUUAGGGAAUUUUUAAAUGUUCCUAGCAUCACCCUUGUGCUCAUCAGGUAAUCUGCUAAGGAGGGAGGGAGGGGAAGAAAAACGGAAAAAAAAAAGAAAAAAAAGCAAAGCAAAAAA